UCCACUAAGUUGAGUCAGGUGUUUGAAAUGCUGCAACAGAAAGACUUCAGGGAAUUGUAAAAGUAUGCAUUACAUAUUUAAGCUGCAGUCCACAUACAUUAUUAAUCCUUGCAGUAACCCAGAGCAUGUUAUGUAACUGCAGUAACAGAGACCACGAGCUGAGCGGAGCUGCCUUUUACAGCUGGACUUAAAUGUCACUGAGAGGCACUUUGGUUUACAGACACUAGAGUGGUCAAGUUUAUAAAUAAUACAAAGAAAGAAAGAAAAGAGAACAAUGAAUACUUGAAAAAUAAGUUUGAGAAGUCAAAAUCCUCUGAUUCCAGCUUCUUAAAUGUGAAUAUUUUCUGGUUUCUUUACUCAUCUGUGACAGUAAACUGAAGAUCUUUAGGUUGUUAGGUUAGGUCAUCUCAGGCUUUAGGAAACACUCACUGACAUUUUUUACUAUUGUCUGAUAUUUUAUAGACCAAAAACCGACUCGAUUAAUGGAAGAAAUAAUUAAUGGAUUAAUCUGAAUCAGUUGUCAGUCCCAGCCCUACAUGUAUUUGAGGACUAAGUACAAAGUGUGGGUAUUUUUUAAUUUAUUUAAUGUUACUUUAUACUUCUACUCCAACAAAUUUAAAUGCAGUGUGUUGUAUUUUUAUACUUUUUUGGUUUUAUAGGAAACAUAUUUCCGCCCAAGAAAAUAACAAAAUCAGAGGUUUCUUUCUAAGUUAUAUGGAAAUAAAUAUUGGAUAAUAUUCUGUUUUUACUACGAGAAAAAAAUGAGGUGUAAGAUGUGUUUUUAAAUCAAAACUGUGAGAUAAUGAAUCAAAACGUUAAAUUUUUAGUCACAUUGAAGGAACAGCAAGUAAAAAGAAUUAUGACAUUAACAUUUUUUUAUUUAUAGUAAGUCAUAAGACUUUAAUUAUGUGUUUUAUCUUUCCUUUCCUUUUAUAUAUUUAUUUAUUUCAUUACCUGGUGAAAUGGGCAUCCGCAGCUCAAAGCAGCCAAAAACAAUCCAGGUAUAAGACCAGAAAAUAAAAAGUAAAAAAGGACAGCCCGAUCUCUUCACAAAGAACAUUUCCUUUUCAUUUUUACAGAUAGUUUCAUUCUCCUUUGUGGGAAGCUUUAUUUAGAAAUGACAUCCAUGUGGAUACUCUACUUUGAAAUCCGGAUCGUGUGCACGCUGCGCAUUACCGCAGCUUCACCAGAAGCAGCAACGCUUUUCCGGUGCUCGUCUCUUUCGUCAACUGUGUAAUAUAGCUCCGCUGUGUGUGCUGGCUGGACUCCUGCUGCACGGACAUGCGGAGGAGACGGAAUGAUAAAGCAGACUGAUACAUGGGGCCUUUUAUGAUCGCAAACAUCUACAGUGACAGAUGUUUUUAAUGCAGUGAAUAGGAGCGCGCUGUCAUUUUAGCGCCAGACGUUUUUGACCUCACCGUGAAGGAAAACAUGAUUGUAGCAGCACAUAUGCGGAGGACGCCAGGAGAAGCAUCGUAGCGGGGAGAAACCACAGGCAGGAGAGCGGCCUGCAGAGCAGCAGCAGAGAUGAGGUCCAGGAGACCCCCUGACGGAGGUUAUGGCUGGGUGGUGGUCAUGUCGGCCUUUUUCAUCAUGGGCCUCACUGGUGCCGUCCUCAAGAACUUCGGCCUCUUCUUUCUGGACAUCCAGAGUCACUUUGGAGUCCUGACCAGCACCACGUCAUGGGUCACCUCCACUACCAUUGCCAUGUUUCAUCUCGGAGCUCCACUGGCCAGUGCACUGACCUUACGGUUUUCUCAGAGGGUGGUCAUCAUAGUCGGAGGUCUGCUGUCUGCCACGGGGAUGUUGAUGGCGUCUUUGGACCUCGGUUUGCCGUGCCUCUACCUCACCAUGGGCAUCCUGCAAGGGACGGGCAUUUGCUUCGCGUGGAUCCCUGCCAACAGCAUGGUGAGCCACUACUUUGUACGGUGGCGCCCCAUCGCCUACGCCAUCGCCAGCUCAGGGGAGUGUGUUUUCGCUGUCUUGUUCAGCCCCUUCUUCCAGUGGCUGAUUGAGAGAUACGGCUGGCAGGGUUCUCUGCUCAUCAUCGGAGGCCUUCAGCUCAACUUGUGUGUCUGUGGCGCUCUUAUGAGACCGUUGCCAACAGUCCAGAGCCCGAUACAGGAAACCAAAGACAAUCUAGAAGGCAACGCCGCUGUGCUCCCACCAAAGAGGAAGAUUAUCUUCCAAUUCUCCCUGAUGAGAAAACCUGAACUACUCUUCUACAUCCUGUUUGCCAUCUUUGCGGCGGCAGGGUUUUUCAUCCCACCUCUCUUCCUAGUGCCUUUUGCCAACAGUUUGGGGAUGGAUCAGUACUGGCCAGCCUUGAUCCUCUCCGUCCUGGCAUCUGCGGACCUGGUGGGGAGGCUGCUCUGUGGGUGGAUAGCCAACAUGAGGCUGCUGAGGAACCUGCAGCUGCUCACCAUGGUGGCAACUCUGCUGGGGGUGGUUCUUCUGCUGCUGCCUGUCAGCCACAACUUCUGGGUCAUCUUGGUCUUUGCCUCGCUCUACGGAUUCCUGUUCGGCUGUGUGGUGGCCAUUCACGUCACCUCCAUCGUGGACAUUGUAACCCUGGAGGGAUUCGACAGUGGACUGGGGCUCUUUAUGCUUUUCAGGAGCAUCGGUGGCUUCAUCGGUCCACCUGCUGCAGGCUGGCUGGUGGACCAGACAAAUGACUACAGCGCCGCCUUCUACCUCUCAGGCCUCUGCCUCAUCUCAUCUGCAGUGUUCGUCGUGGUGGUCGACCGCCUCAUUCAGAGGAGGAAAUCAGUGGAGGCAAGCUCAUCAGGUGAUCAUGCAGGACGACUCUGAGGCAGGAAUAGUCAAGUGAGACUCUGUUACACAAGGAUUUUUUUAAUCAGAUGAUCAACCCGAGGUGCCAGAAAAACUUGUUUAGUGUUUGAUCACAUGCAAAAUGCUAAGUGGUUCAACCGAGUUUGUGUUGGGAUGCGGUUUUAGAUCAUGAACCCGAUCUGGGACUGAAAGGGCACAGACAGGUUUUCCAUCUCUGCGUGGCAGUAUUUUUCACAGGUCAAAACACCCUCUGGAUAUUUUUGAAACUGCUCUGUGUUUAAGUUUGCAGCCAAUAGCAAAAAAGAAAAGGUUGUAACCACGAAACACUCUGGUGUGCGCUGAUUACGUUUUAAGUCUGUCAUGUGACAUAUAGCACCAAACAUUUUCCUUUUUUCUGGGGAAAUCUUUCAAAUGCCUCUGACUUAAGCUUUGUAAGGAGACACUAAAUCAAAUCCUGCUUCUUUCUUUUUUUUUUUUUUUUUAAACCAUAAAGUCUUACAUGUUAAACACAUGCAUCACAAAGACACUCCAAGGACAAACAGAAAUGGGAUCCUGUACGUUUUUGACAGCAUGCAAUUAUACAUUUUGUUCUGUAAAUGUUUGUGACCAUAAGUGUUUACAUUGCAAGCUGUUGACAGUCUGCAGGAUCCAAACGUUUCUUUUUGCCCUGAAGGACCUCAGAAUCUGAACAAAUUCACUGGCUGACAGCCAGACUUCUGAGCGUUAACUCUGUAACAAUGCAGCAGACAGGCUCAGACUCAUACUAUAGCUGUGUCCUUAAAGGAAGAGUUCACCCCAAGAUCAGCAAUAUAUAUUUUUUGUCUUGUCUGUAGUGCUACUUAUCAAUCUAGAAUCUAGAUUGUUUGGGGAUAUCGGCCAUAGACGUGUCUGCUUUCACUCUAAUAUAAUGGAACUAGAUUGCACCCAGCUUGUGGUGCUCAAAGUACAACACAAAAACAAAGCAUUCAACAGCAAUGUCUCUUUACAGAAAUCAUGAACCAGUUACUCAAGAUAAUCCACAGACCUUAGCCGUUUCAUGUAGUUACUGUUUCCUCCUGAGUCUUUUCCUAUCGAAACUCAGAGAAAGGCGUGCAUCUACUCAUGGACGAGAGGCUUGCACUGGUGACAGCACAAGAAUGAAACAUUAAUGGUGUCCUUGGCUGAGCUGUAACAUUAGCUAGCUCAGUUUUGCUAGGUAGAUGUACACUUCCUUCUGAUGCAGUUGGCGUGUGUAAUUUGGUAGACAGAAAAUUCUUCCUUCAUGAAACUGCUCACAACAAGGUCUGUGGAUUAUUGUGAGUACUGGGGUCAUAAUGGAUUUUUCAAAUAAUUUUUUUUGGCACUUUGAGCACCACAAGCCAAGUGCCAACUAGUUCCAUUAUAUUUGAGAGAAAGCAGACAUCUCUAUAGCUGAUUUCUCCAACACUCUGCAACUAACACCAAAACAAUCUAGACUGAUAAAUAGCACCACAGUUAAGAGGGAAAAAAUGUAUAUAUUUGAUUUAUUUUGAGGUGAACUGUCCUUUUAAAAUGUCACAUGCAGUAGUUUUCAUGUUAAACACUGAUCGUCACAGUCUGUGUUUUUACAGCAGCAGGACGAUGUUUAUGGGACAAACUCAAAAUAGACUUCAUUAGCUGUGUUUAAUGAAGGAACAUUUUACACAGUGUGAGAAUUUUCCUCAUUGGUUUAUUUUUAAUAGUUUUAUUUAGAAAACAAUGGAGCUCUAUGACAUCGAAAAAUAAGAUAUAUCAGGUAAUACUUGUUAUAUUAUUGUUGAUUUUAGUCUUUCCAUGUGAUUUGUUGGCAAUAAGAGACACAGAAUAUCACCAGACCGAUCCUGUAUGUGUUUUCACAGUAUGCAUAACAGAUAAGUUUUGAAAGAACCAGCCAUAUGAAUGUUUGUUUUUGUCCUCAUAAUGGAGCCUGUUGACUUUCUAACAAGUUGUCAGCACUACAGGAGACGUCUGAGUAAUGCAUUUUCAGAAGGAGCAGAAAUGUUAUUGUUCUGUUACUUUUUGUCAAGCUCAGGGACUCCCGCAUAUCAUCAGCACUGUAAACAGUAUGUGGGUCAAGCCGCAGUGGGGAGCCAUGGUAACUCUUCAGCUGUAAAUAACUGGUGUGAUAACUUAAGUGUUGGUUUUCUGUGUGACUGGUAUGUUGAUAGUAUGAGUGGCUCUUUGAGGGCAUAUUGUGCUGUCACAAGUCCUGGUGUAGCUUUUAUUACUUUUUUAAAAAUAUGAAUCCUGUCAAAUCAAAUUAGUUCCUUUUAUGUAAUAGAGACUAAAGAGAUGAAAUACUCAAAUAAAAUAAGGUUUGGUAACUUUUAACCACUUCAAAUGUGAAUUUUCUUAUUGAUAUUUGAAAGAUAACUUGAGAUCCAGAUCACUUUUGUUGUUCCUUUAGUACUGUAAUAUUAGUUUUCAUACGUACAGCCCG